AUGGCGCAAACUCCCCAGCAGCGACGACGCAACGAGGCCUUUGCCAAGGGCAACGAAGCCAAGAUGGGCAAGGCGGAGGGUCAGAUCAAGAAGCGUGUCGAGAAGGUUCAGAAGGCUCCCAUCUCCCUGUUCUGGAUCUCUAUCCUUGGGUUCGUCAUCUUUGGUGGCCUCGUCUUCGAGGGUAUCUCCCGAUUCUUCGGUUAA